AUGGCAUCUUUACCAGAAACGAAUGAAGCGGCUGGCGAGCCGACCUCCAUCAAAAACCAAGCAUUGUUGACAGGCGCAUCAGCAACUCAGAAUAUUUGUGCACACCUCAACGCGUUUCACGCCUACGUGUCGGAUCCUGCCCGAGUUGUCGAAGCCAACCACUACUGUGGCCAUUUGAAUGAAGACGUACGACAAUGUAUUCUGUACGACAGUCCUGAGCCGACUGCCCGGAUCAUCGGUAUUGAGUACAUGAUAAGCCCCACGCUAUACGAAACACUCGAGGCCGAGGAACGGAAAUUAUGGCAUAGCCACGUGUACGAGGUUAAAUCCGGGAUGCUCAUCAUGCCGCAGCCUACUUUACCAGAUGCAGCCUGGGAGCUGGCCGAAAAUAAGGAGAUGGAGGAGGUGCCGGAGCUGAUGACGAGCUUCACGGCGCCCGGGCAAUUCGAUUUCGAGAAAUUUGUCGGCGACAGAGACCAAAGAUUCCAGUCGGACUACAAGAGGAAGGAGAAGGCAAGAGAAGGGAUUAAGAGCCCAAAAGUCCACCCCGAUGCAGACCAAGCGUGGAAGACACAGGGCAAGAGUCGUCCCAAGCGUGCGAAAAGGUCCGGCGAUGGCCGUUGGGGGUUGUGUGGCCAUGUGCCCGUUGUCCGCUCGGUCGAAAGUCAUCUUUAA